AUGGAAAAAUUCUCGUUGUUGGCUGCGCUGGGCGUCCUGGCGCUUUUGGCAGUGGCUCGUGCGAUGCCACAACCUGGCUCCGAUUCGUCUUCAGAGGAAUCGGUCGAAACCGAUAGAAACCGGACAAAGCAACAUGUGGUGGCACUCCGUACGAUGUGUCGAAAAAACACUGGCUCAGAAAUGGCCUUCGUUUUCCUGGCGGUGGCGAUGCAGACGGCGUUGAGCUGCGCGGAGACUGCGUUCGACGGGGAAAGCUUCAUGUCGGACAUCGAUACACUAUCGAACGAGACUCGCACCGAAUUCUUCUCAACGUACUGCCCACAGCUGAAGGGAGUUGGUUUGUGUCUAGACGAUCUAGUGAAGGCCGCCAGGCCCUGCUUGGAGGAAGAUGAUUUCACCAUCGUCAAGGCGCUGACUGGCGUCUUCCCAGACGCGGUUGAUCUGAUUUGCAAAAAUGAUGGCGAAAUAAUCUUCCAGUACGAUGGGCCAGAAUACGAGGAGUGUUUCGUAAAACUGGUUGACCACGUGAGUGAGUGUGCGGUACCGUUUGCUGCCGAAAAGGAGUACUGGGACAUUUCACACCUGACGCAAACUCAAUGCGGAACCUUAUCCGGACUGAGACAGUGCAUCGACGAUAAGCUAAACGUUUGCAAGGCCCCGGACCUAAUGAACGUGUACGAUCUGUUCCACAACAAGCUGUUCCGCAUGACUCCGUGUCAUAGUUAUGUGAGCGAUGUGGAGAAGACGAAAGUGACGGAGAUUGAUAACAAUGCAAUCAACGAAGUUUAAUAUUGGACCGUUGAAGUUCGAAUGGUUAUCAUUUA